UUUAAGACCGUGCAGUGGACCACGAAUUAAGAUAAAUAUAGAUAAUAUUUAGGAAUAAUUAGAUUUAUGUAUAUUAAUAUAUAUUCAUGUACAUAUGCCAUAUGUCUAUGUAUAUAUUUACCUGUGGAAAUAAAUUCUUUAUUAUCAGCUAUGCCCUAUAAGAAUAUACAUUAUCAAACGGACGAUAAGGUUUUACAAUAGAAUUUGUGAAUUUUAUUAUUUGUUAUUUUUCGCAUGUAUAUUUUAUAUUUUUAUGUACUAUUUAGUAUUAAUAUUGUUCUGUGGUAUUGAUUAGGUAUAGUUAGUAUUUAGUACUCGCCAUUCACUGUUUUCUACUUUUAUUGUUGAAUGCUGGAGUUUACUGUGUGGAUAUCGUCGUAAACUUAGUAAAUACCGUUCUUACGUAUCAGUCUUUACUCACAUUCAUUAUUUCUAUAGAAAUAACAGUAAUACUUAAACAUGACUUCAAUAGAAGUGAAGGAAGUGAUCGAGCACCCUAUAAAAUUGAGAGUAAUGCGCCUUGGUAAGCCGGUUAUGUUUAACUCGAAGGUGGUCACGUGUGAUUCAAAAGAUUUACCAGGAACUGUGUUGAAUGCACAAUUAAAAAAUGAUGUGACUACAUUAGCUGACGCAGAAACAUUGGCAGCUGGGUCGUUUCUAUUGGUUCCUAAUGUCCUAGAAAAUUUGUAUCUUGGCGAAACAUUUCUGUGUUAUAUUUAUUUAAAGAAUGAAAGUUCUCAAACAGUCUAUGAUAUUAUUUUAAAAGCAGAAAUAGAUACUGCAACAUCACAUAUACCGAUUCUAGGACCAAAAGCUUUUCCUAAGUUGGACCCAUAUGCUUCUAUUGAUGUUAUUGUAAAGCAUGAAGUCAAAGAACACGGUAGUGUCAAUAAAUUGAUUUGUCAAGUGGAAUAUGAUAGGAAACAUUCGUUUGAAACAAUAUUCAGCUAUAGGGUUCCAAAACCUUUAGAUCUUAAAACAAAAUUCUACAAUACUGUAACUGAUGAAGUUUACUUAGAAGUUCAAGUCCAAAAUAUUAUGUCGACUCCAAUCUCAUUAGAAAAAUUUAUCUUGGAGUCAUCAGUAGGAUAUAAUGUUAUUUCAAUGAAUCAUUUACUUGAAAGCUCUGAUAAUAAAUCUAUUUUUGGUGAUAUGGAUAUACUAGAUGUCAAAGAAACACGGCAAUAUAUGUAUAGAUUAAGCUUAGAUCAAACUGCUGAAAAAAAUCCUACAAGAACAAAUAAUCUUGGCAAGUUAGAUAUUUUAUGGCGGUCUAAUAUGGGAACUAAAGGUCAAAUACAAUCCAGUCCUUUAGUUAGACAGAUUCCAGAAUUAGAUGACAUAACAUUUUCCAUAACAUAUUUGCCCGAUAUGGUUUUUUGUGAAGAACAAUUUGACUUCACAUGUUCAAUAAAAAAUAACAGAAACCGUGACAUGCAGCUUGUUGUUGAAGUCAGUGACGAAGAAGAUAGUAAUCUUGCUUGGACUAUGAUUUCUGGCAUACAGUUAAGACUUUUACCACCAUAUGCAACAAUCAAAACAGUAUUCUCAAUGGUAGCGUUAAAUCAUGGCUUACAAGUUAUAUCAGGUAUUAAACUAAAGGAAUUAAUACUGAACCGUACAUAUUCAUACAAUAACUUUGGCCAUGUAUUUGUCACUCAAAAUGUUAGUUAACCUUUUAAUGCUAGUUUUUACUAGUUUCUGUGAUAUUUUUUUAAAUAUAAAAUAAUUUAUUAUAUAUUUUAUUCACUUAAGUAAUAAGUAUCUUAAAAUAAUCAAAUAAAAACAUGUAAUACAAUAUUUUA